CGUAAGAUCUAUCUGUGACUGCAAGAUGAUUGAUAUGAAACUGCGGGUAACUAUCCUUUGGCUAAUUAGUUUGGUGAGCGGAAGAAUCAUUAACCCUUUCCCUUCGCAAACUCUGUACAGUGCUCAUAGUAGAAAUGAGUUGGAACUAAUCACUGAUGGAGACAACGAAAACUCAUUCCAAAGCUCGGAUUGGAAUGCGAUACGAAAUUCCCAGUUAUCCAAAGCAGAUUGGUCCUGGUACAACAUCAUGGAGCCAAAUGGUUCGGUAACCUAUGCGUUUGGAUAUGACAAUGCCAUAGAUCCAGACGGAAACGAGCAUUAUCGAACUGAAGAAAGGCUAAGAACGGAACUAUUUUGGGUGAAUAUGGACACACGGAUUACCAGAAUAAUCGAAUUUUGAAAAUAAUUUAUGCAGCAGAUUCUCGAGGAUACAGGUGGGCCAAUUAGUCUGUAGCAGGGUAUACCCUAAGCAAAAUUUAGAACUGCCCGACCUGCCAGGAAGCAAAUGCCUUAAAAAUAGGUCUUUGCUUCCCAGAUUUGUUGUA